GAGUGAGGGAUCGUUCACGAGUUGGCUGAAAGUACGUGAUUCUUUCUGCAACAGACUCGUAGAGUAGGCUAGUCCUUAGCGUUUAAAAUGGUGUCUUCAAUUUCCUCGUGUCAUUUUAUUCCUUCAUUUCAGAGCUUGAGCUCCAAGACUGUUGAGAUGCGUCGAUAAAGGUACCUUGCUCUGACGCACUCGAGGGUGAAUGGAGAAAGUAAAAACGACCCCAGGUAGUCAAGAAACUGGACUAGGCUACUCGUCGCUGGAUAACUUUACAUGUUAGUCCAUGUCGUGCUUAGUUUUUGUUGUUGUGCCUUUUUAACAGUACACAACACUCGUAAUUCUUAAACAUGACUGAAGAAAAUACGGAUUUUCCUAACGAGUUGCUGGAGAGUGUGAGAGAUGCCGUGGGAGGGAAGAUCAAGCUCACCCUGAAGAAGAGGUUGAAACUGGAGGUCAAAGGUGACAAACUGGAGAACCGAGUUCUGGCUUUGGCAUCCCAUCGGGCCUUUCUGCUUACUGCAAGGGUCCCCACCAAGAUUGAACAGACCUUCAAUUACCUGGAUAUACAGGGGAUCACUAGUAACAAGCCCACUCAGUUGUUGUUGGAGUAUGACCGAGGCCAGCUGUCCCUGAAGCUUGGCUCUGUGGAGGAUGUGGAUGAGGUGGUGGCCCACAUUGGGACCUGUCUACACAGGAUCUGUCCAGGACUGUCCCCAGUGAAGGUGAUGAAGUUGACCCUGAAGCCUCCUGAGAGGACGGCCGCCCUACAGUCUCUCUGGGAGGACCAGGCCACCACAGACUUAGGGCCAUGUGGUGGUUUCUCCCACAUGUACUGGUGUCUCUGCGACCAGCUGGGUCUGCCGUUCAGAGAGGAGGUGCAGUGGGAUGUGGACACAAUCUAUCUAACCCAGGACACCAGAGAACUGAACCUGCAGGAUUUCGUACAUCUUGAGAACAGAGAUUUGGUGGCCAUCAUUCUGGUCCUGGAGUAUAACCAAUGGUUCACCAAGCUCUCCACAAAGGACUACAAACUGUCCACAGAUGUGUGUGAACAAAUCCUGCGAGUUGUGGCCCGCUCUAGUCGCUUAGAGGAGAUGGUUUUAGAGAAUGCAGGUCUCAGAAGUGAUUUCGCACAGAAGCUAGCCAACGCUCUGGCCUACAACCCCGCCUCUGCCCUUCACACCCUCAACCUCACAAACAACUCCCUGGAGGACAAGGGUGUAUCUGCUCUCAGUGCACAGCUAGCCAAACUCCCAAUGGGUCUCAAGCAUUUGAACCUCUCAAAGACCUCCAUAUCACAAAAAGGGGUUAACAGUCUUGCCCAGGCGCUGAGUGCCAACCCUGCUGUCCCCACUACCCUCACACACCUGGACCUCUGUGGGAACUCACUCCGAGGAGACGACCUCCCAAAUCUGUACAAUUUCCUGGGUCAACCUAACAGUCUAGUAACUCUGGAUCUUUCCAACAGUGACUGCUGUCUGGACCAAGUCUGCACUUCACUUCUACGAGGUUCUCUCAAGCACCUCUCAGUGCUCAACAUGUCUAAGAGCGUUUUCUCUCACAGGAGAAGUAAAGAUGUGCCGCAUUCCUUCAAAGAGUUCUUUGGCACUGCCCUGGCGCUGAGCAGUGUCAACCUAUCUGGAACCAAACUCCCCCUGGAGGCACUCAAGGCACUUUUACUAGGUCUUGGCUGCAAUCCUAAUCUAAGUGAAGUGUCACUGGAUCUCAGCAGCUCUGAGCUAAGAUCUGGAGGCUCUCAGAUUCUAGAGGGCUGCAUAGCUGAGAUUCCCAACAUCUCUAGCCUAGACAUCUCAGACAACGGUUUGGAUUCAGACCUGACCACUCUCUUGGUGUGGCUGGCCAAAAAUCGCUCCAUUCGCCACCUCUCACUGGGCAAGAACUUCAAUAACAUCAAGUCCAAAAAUGUGUCUCAAGUCUUGGACAACCUGGUGCACAUGAUACAGGAGGAGGAAUCGCCCCUGACGUCCCUCUCCCUGGCCGACUCCAAGCUGAAGGGAGAUCUGUCCAUCGUGCUGAACGCUCUGGGCAGCAACACCAGCCUGACCCGGGUGGACAUCAGUGGCAACGGCAUGGGAGACAUGGGGGCCAAGAUGCUGGCCAAGGCCCUACAGAUCAACACCAAACUCAGGACGGUUAUGUGGGACAAAAACAAUGUCAGCCUACAAGGCCUCCAGGAUGUGGCAUCUGCUCUACAAAAGAACCACACCAUCCGCUUCAUGCCCAUCCCCAUCAUCGAUGCUGCCCAGGCCCUCAAGGCCAGCCCUGAGAAAACAGAGGACGCCCUACUAAAGAUGGAGCAGUAUCUCCUAAGGAACCACGAGACUCGAAAAUACCUCCAAGAGCAAGCUUACCGGCUCCAGCAAGGCAUUGUUACGACAACCACACAACAGAUGAUGGACAGGAUCUGUGUAAAGGUGCAGGACCACCUGAACUCCCUGAGGUACUCGGAGACCGAUGUCAUCCAGGAGGACAUGAAGGUGGCCAAGAACCUCAUGAAGGACGCCAGGAACUCCAAAAGACUGCUGCCCAACCUGUACCAUCUGAGGGGAUCUCUUGGUGGCAUGGGCAGCCCCCCUGACAUGGGCGGCGCCAUUCAGGACAAGCUGGAGUCCAUAGCUGGAGAGAUAGCCAGGGUCAUGGAUGAGCAGCUACAGACUUUGUUACAGUCUAUGGUUGACACCGCUGAGGGCCUCUGUCCCCACGUGAUGAAGAGGAGCAACCUGCAUCAGGAGCUGAUGAAGGCCAGUGCAGGAAGGAUGACCGUCCCCCAUAGCUUCAUCACCACCACGCUACUGGAGCAGUCAGGAGUCGACAUCUUAAACAAGAUCAGUGAAGUGAAGCUCAGUAUGGCGUCCUUCCUCUCAGACCGUAUCGUGGAUGAGAUCUUGGAAUCUCUGUCCCGUUCCCAAAACACUCUGGCAGAACACCUGACCAGGAAAGCGCAGCCUCUUGUCCACCAGGAGCCCAAAGAGACGGAGGUGCUGGAGGAGACGGUCCUCCAGCCUGAGACCCAGACCCAGGAGCAAUGGCCGCACCCUGCUGAGAGGCUGGAGGAGAUGGACACCUGUGUGAUGACACCCAAGUCCAAGAGGAAGAGCAUUCUCUGCAGGAUGCUGCGGCCUGUAUCUGUGGCCUUUGAAAUGGAGUUUGACUUGGACAAGGCCCUGGAAGAAGUGCCUAUACACGAGGAAGACCCGCCCCCUCCUCCACUAUCGGAGAAGAUGCCGACGUACUUUGGCGAGCUGCCGACUAUGGAGGCCCGAAAGCUAGAGCACCACACUAAGCUCCGCCCAAAACCGAAAAAGAGGACCAAACCUAGCCGAGCACCACGGGUACCAAUCUGCACCUCUCCACCACCAGAAGAAGUGGAGCAGAACGGCCUCCUGGGAAAAGUGGAUGAGGGUGUUGAUGAAUUCUUCUACAAGAAAAUCACCCAACUUAGUUUUAAACGAUCCACCCUGAGGGGCUCCUCCAACAUCCAGGAGGGUUCGGAGAAGAAACGGGAAUCCCGGAAAAGCGGCUUCCUUAACCUCAUUAAGUCUCGCACCUCCAAGUCCGAGAAGAGCCAUGGAGCAGCCGCCAUCACCACCCCGGCUUCUGCCACCAUCACCCCUGUAACAGAGGAGCCGCUGUCCCCCAAGGCUCCGUUGAGGGACCAUUCCGAAAUCUCCCCUGACCGCUCAGAAAAGCCGCCAACCAAUGAACCCACUGCGGAACAGCACUCAGAGAGUGACAGUAAGGGGGGUCCUCACGGUGGCCGGCACUUUGGGGUCCCCGUAAUGGGCCCCAUUAUGGGCAUGGACCUCCUGGCGCAGAUGAAAAAAAUGCAUGAGAAAAUGGCCGCCCAUAAGUCUGACUCAUCUUCCUCUUCAGACAAGGCAGAUGGUAAACAAGGAAAGCUAGAGAGUCAAACAUCGUCGAUAGACUUGUCGUCGACAUCGCCCAGGUCUAAGCCCACCAGUGUUACACCCAGACCCCCAGCACCCCAGGGCAUCAAGCCCCACCUGGGACCUCACACUUUGGGACCGCUGAUCCCUCGAACCAGCAGCAGCCACAGCCCAGAUGACACCCUUGACUCCCCUCUUGAAAACGUAUCCCCAAAAGGACCACUGCCUGCCCCUCGCCUGAAGAGGGCGCCCUCAGACUGUGAGAGGCAGGGGGAUACUAGCCCCAUUAAUGUUGAGCUCACAGGAGACUCCAGCCCAUUUGACUUGGACCAUGAGACUGACAGGUCUGCUAUUGGCAGGAGACCGUGGUCCUCCCUAAAGAGCGCCACUUUUGUGGUACAGGAAGUAGAGGGUCGAGAGCGCACCAAGUCCCUCCCUGCAUCUGAGAGACCUUUGUCCAUGGUGGACUCUGCCCACUGCCAAAGCCCUGGGGUGUUUGAUAAAGACAACAACUCGGAGGAAGACUUCCCUCCUCCUCCUGACACGGACCAAAGACAGGACCUCAGGCCUGACAACAUGGAGGAGGAGGACACCAUCGAUGACACAGUCCCAGUGUAGAGAGAAAAGCUACAUCUAGUUUCUCCAUACUUUCCUCAAAGUGUUCCAUGGAGUGUCCAAGUGCACACUUUGGGAGAAUUGUGGAGAAUCGUAAUGCAGACAAAUAGCAAAGAACAAAGAAAGCUUAUGGACAAAACCAU